CCGACCCGACUCGAUUGCUCAGAUUGAUUGGUGGGGCCUGGCGGUGGUCUCGGAGGCGGCGGGGCCUCGGAGCCGGGUAACGGGGAGUCCGGAACCAGGGCGGCUGAUGAUCCGCGGGGAGCCGCUAUUGCGGCGGUUCUGGGCGCUGAACAGGCUUUGUAUCACAGGAGGUAAUCAACAUGCUCGCUGUGUGAGAACCUUCUCAGUUACUGAUGCCAUGAAUGCACUGAGGCCAUUCUACCUCGCUGUACACCCAGAUUUCUUUGGCCAACAUCCAAGAGAGAGGGACGUGAAUGAGAAUUCCCUCAAGAAGCUGAAUAACCAUCUGGAGUGCCUGCAGCGACCAGGGCACAGAACUCCUCAACCGACCCAGCUCACUUUCUAUGUCAGAGAGUCCGCAGGCAAUGCGAGUGCUGCUCAGUGCGUGAAUACUUCAGGAUUUCGAAUUGUCAGCUUCACCCUUCAUACCCAGGACCUUCUCAGUACUGUUGUAAAUAUCUUGAAAUCCUGCAGUUUAUCCAGUGAUCAUGUUCAGCACUCAGAGCUUGCUGUGGGCUUCUCUCAUCAAAGUGGAACCAUUCCAUUCCAUCGACCCGUCCGGUGGGAUAAGACAUAUUACACCUUCACAGGAUACCGGGACCCAGAGGAGGAGCUGGGUUCUGCUCAGCAGCUGGAACCUACACUCAGGCUGUGGUUGAAUAAAAAUGUAUCUCUCGCCUUAGAAAGACUGAGUAUCAGUCUUCCACUGCGAGAUGACCUUCAACGCCUAAAAACAGAGCUUUGUCAGCAACUGGACAUAACUGAUAUCAGAUGGCGGACGAGUUGGGGAGUGUCUCAUCGGUGCAGCCAGCUGCACAGCCUGAACCGAUUUGCCCAGCAGAACUCUGCAGUCUUGCACAAUAUCAAAGGGUGUACAAUAAUUUUUGCAGAGCACUCUGGAAUGAAUGCCGCAGGGCAGAUUAUGUUGGGAACUGUAGAUGUCCAUCAUCACUGGACAAAACUGUUGGAGAGGUUGCCUACCUACUGUGAUCUUCACCGCCAUGUUUGCUUGUUGGAAGAGAGGAUCAGCUUCCUUCUGGGAGACAUGGAGUUAAUUUACAAUGAAGAACUGCAGCCUGCAAUGAUGCUAGAGGAUUAUUACAGAGUGUUAACAGCCUUCCAUCAGAAUCUGACUGUCAGCCGACCUCUGUUUCACCCACGAAGUCUAAAAGGACUGCAGAUGAUUCUAGAAAAAGGUUCUUCUGCACCUAGUCUUCUUAGGACAGGCCAGCUGAGAGUGCCCGUCACUUGUGACCCCACUACCUUGCAGUGGUUUAUUCUGAGCCAUGCCCAGACAGCCAGAGAUUUCCUGAGGAGCGAGGAGGAGUUAAAAAUAGAACAGGAAGAUCUUCUCAAAGCUUGCACAGAGAAGUUUUGGCUCAAGAGACUGUACAAGGAGCAAAGUGUAUCCAGUGAACAGAUGAUACAGUCAUGUAAAAGGCUGCUUGAAGAACAGAUGGAGCUACCUGGGAUACACCUGUGCAUUUCACAUUUCUAUUCAGUGUUACAGGAUGGUGACUUGUGCAUUCCCUGGGACUGGAAAAAGUAGAUUGGAAAAAAAAAGCAGAGGGAACAGUUGGGUGGUUUCUGCUAGGAUGGAGCAGUGCCAAGUGACUACCUGAAAUUCAGGUGAAAACUGGACACCUGCGUGUUUUUUUUUGGAAGUGCAGUUGACAUCCAGGGCUGGGCAAUUCUAGCUUGGCAACUGUAUUCUGAUUUGUGCAAAUAUAACAGCAUAUAAUAUGCCAAAUGUGAUGAGUCCCACCAGUUCUUUCAUCCUUCUCCCUGGUUCUUGUUAUUGAGAGUGCAGCCAGUUCAUAUUUCAAGCAAGAGGAUUCUCAAGCCUCCUUCAGUGAAGGAAAUACGAAUGCAAGCAGUUUUUGGCUGAGAUUUUGAAGCUUCACAAAGGAUUGUGGAACUUACCUGUUCUCUCAGCAGGAAUCUGUGCAAGAUUAGUGAAAUCUUGGUGAUUACGAGAAUGCUUAAAUAAGGAAGAGUACAAUGAUGCUUGGGCUUAGCCAAUGAUAGCCCAGAAUUGUACUGCAAAGAAAUUCCUCCAAGAUCCAUAGGAGAAAAUAACAGCAAGUACCAUCCAAAGAGGAAAGAAAGAGACAUGGCACUACAGGUGCUGUUAUCUGCUGGAGCAACUCAGCAGCUUGAGCAGCAUCAGAAAAAGGAACAGUUCUUCAUUUUCAAAAUAAGUCCUUUCCUGAUGAAGGAGCUGCAGAUACAUUUGACCCACAGACCCAGAAGCUGAGCUGUCAUAACCCUUCAUUGAACUGAAGUCCUUGAGAUGGUCUGUACCCGGUCUGGGUUGGUUAUGUGUUGUAGAAUUGCUGCCUCUGUUGUGCUUUGUUCUGUUGACGUCAAUUCUUCAGCAGGACACCUUCACAAAUGAAGCUAGUUUAUCAACUGCAAGCAGAAUAUAACAUUACUACCGAUUACAACCCCGUCACCAUUCAAGAGAAGUGAUUUCGGUGCUCCCUAUCCAAAUGAUUUUGUUACAGCACGACAUGUUGGAUUACCUUAAAGUCAUUUUCAAAGUCAAAUGGUUAAUUAUACAGUGAUUAGCAACUUGAUGUAAAGUGCUACAGUGGAUUCUGGUUAAUUGGGGCAGCCACGUAUUUGGAACAACUCUUAAAGAACAAUAUUGGGAAAUAAGUCAGGACUCCCUUUGUUUAUUUGUAAUGUUAUGCUGCUUAACUGAGACAGGAGACUGUUACCAAACAGGUUUCACCUAGAAUCUGUGGCAUGCACUUGGACGGCCAUUAGGCAUUACGUGAACACUUUAUAAAUAGCAUCGGAUGUGUGUGUGUGUUCAAAAAGCAGGGAUUUUUGUCACUGAUAGUUGGUGAGAAAUAAGCAGUGAGACAAUUGAGAACUGUUUUCCUCACUGCGGUUUCAAAUAUUCAGAAUUGGGGAUGCCAAAAGCGGCUGGGAGUGAAAAUUAAACUAUUUUGCUACCAGUAAGUUAGGAACUACCAAGUAUUUGAAGGCAAUGACAAUCAUCUUGAAAUUUACAAAGAAAAUGAAGGUUUGGAGAAUACCAUCGUCAAAAGCAUUAUAUGGAGGCAGUUCAUUACACUAGGUGUCUGUGCUGAACUUGUUGAUUUACAGUCAAACAAAAGAGCACAGCAGUGUACACUGGAUGAAUUCCUCUGAUUAUUAUGAACUAACACACAGUUUUAUAGUAUUGUAGCAGUAUGGGUAGUGUUCUAAUUUGUUCUGUAUUUUGUUUAAAUACAUAAUUUGUUACUUAGAUAAACAAUAGUUUGUCAUUUUUUGCCUUUUUUACAAAUGCCAUGAAACUUCAGCUAAUUGGAGCAGCUGUUUAAUUGGGCCAAAAUCUAUUGGGCCCAAUGUGUCUCAAUUAGCCAGAUUCCUCUGUUAAUGUUCAAGCUGAACUAAUUAUUAGCCAAAGAGCCAAACCUUGCCUCUCAACUUCAUUUUCUGUUCAAGGUACUUGAGGGCAGAGGAGUAUUACAAACUGGACAUCUCUUCUUUCGUAAUGUUGACAGUUGCACAUUGUAUUUGAAGCUUUGGUUCUGAAAUUCAAGCAGCUGCCAGCGGUCUGUCCACUGCUGCUUCACAUUCUCCAUUUGCAAAUGAACUGUUAUCUUCAUACCCUUUAGAGUACAAAAACCAGUAAAUUAACACACCUCCUUGAACAUCAAACAAAGGAUAUGUUCCAAAAGAGUGAAUAUCUCUUCAGCACAAUCUGCUGAGACACUAGGGCUCUGAAUGUUGCUUGCAUUUGUUACUAGAAACAUUUCAUUGACAACAGCAUUUCCAGUUCUAACAAGAAACAAGGAAUUGGGAGUGGUUUACAUUACAGGUUGAGUACCCUUUAUCUGAAAUCAUGUACCGGUAAACAGGUUGCCCCCUGAUUAGGUUAGGGUUAAAUCAGGGGUUGCUGGUCCUGCAAUUCAAAGGGCUGGAAGGGCCUAUUCUGUGCUGUCUCUCUAAAUAAAUAAAUAAGAUUAAAAUCUUUGGGUCCACGUUGCUCUGAUUUGAGUUACUGAGCACAUGUUCAAGAAAGAGGAUUCAUACAAGAGUAUAAUAAGUAGGCCUUAGAGCCCUUCAAAGCUGCUGUGCUAUUCACCAAAGUUGUGGCCAAUCAAUUUCAAUUCUACUUUCCUGUCCUAUAUACUAGUGCUCAAAAAUCUGUCCAUGGCAGCCUUGGUGAUUAAGAACCCACUGCCUUCUCAGGAAAGAAUUCCAAAAAUUCAUAACAUUCUGAGUGAGAUUUUCCCCUGAUCCCAGGCUUAAAAGCUGCAACACACCUAUUUGAGAUUAUGACCUCCUGUUCCUAGACAUUCCAACCUCUAUCUUAACUGGGUAGGAAAAUGGUAGCCGCUUCUUAAGCUGUCCCACAUCAUGAUGACCUCCAGUAAGCAUUUCUUCUCUUUCCCUCCUUUCAGAGGCACAUAAUCUAAGAGAGGCUGUAAAGACACUCCAUGAAAGUACAGGCAGUGACCAUCUCCACAAGAGAGAAUCUCACAUUCAAUACCUGACAACACCGGGGACUCGGAUUUAGUCCUGACAUCUGGGUCCUGUCACUGUGGAGUUUGCAUGUUCUCCCUGUGACUAUAUGGAUUUCCUCUGGAUUCUCUCUACAUCCCUAAGGUAGGGUGGCCACUGUAAAUUGCCCCUAGUGUGAAUGUGAGUGGAAGCAUCUGGGAGGAGUUGAUGAGAAUGUAGGAAGAAUCUUUUAAAAAAGUUAAUGAUGAGCAACUCAAAGCCCUUCACCGUCUACAAGGCACAAAGUCAGGCGCAUGAUGGGAUGCUCUGCUUUUACUCAAAUGAGAGCGGCAGGAGGUUAACACCAUCUAAAAAUAAAGCAACCCACUUGACUGGCAUCCCAUCAACUGCCUAUGUAUUCUCUCCCUCCACAAGCAAUGUAUAUUGGCUGCAGUAUGUACCUUUUACAAAAGGCAUUGUCGUUACUUGCCCAAGCUGCUUUGUAAGCAAAUCAGCUUCACUUGUACCACCACCUUACCAAUCCGCAACCUCUACCACCGUGGACAAGGACAGCAGGGUCAUGAUUACACCAAGACUUGUAGGUUCCCUCCAAUUCUUGACAUCAUCCUGUUUUGGAAAAAAUGUUGACCUUUCCUUUUACUACAUCCAAUCCUGGAAUUCCUGCUCUAAAACAUCAUCGAUACCUUCAGCAGAAGGACACAGGCUUUCGAAGAUGGCUCACAUCCACUUUCUUGAGGGAGAUAAAUAUCUUGUUAGCAAUGCCUAGAUCCUGAAAGUCAAAACAAAAUAGUUCCUCCUGAACCCUGUUUCCUCUGACAAUCUGUGGCAAUCCAGGUGAUCACUAGUACUGAAUGUUAUAUGAAAGGCUGCAUGCUUUACAGAGAAGGGGCAGCCCAGUGCCACAGCAUAGAGCAGAAUUAGGCCAUCUGGCCCAUCGAGUCUGCUCUGCUGUUCAGUCAUGGCUGAUCCUUUUUUUAAAAUCUCCACCUCAACCCCAGUUGACCUGGCCUCCACAGCUGCAUGUGGCAACAAAUUGCACAAAUUCAACUCUCUUUGUCUAAAGAAAUUUCUCUGCAUCUGUUUUGAAAGGGCGUCCCUCUAUCCUGAGGCUGUGCCCUCUUGUCCUAGACUCUCCCACCAUGGGGAAACAUCCUUUCCACAUCUACUCUAUCUAGGCCUUUCAAUAUUAGAAAGGUUUCAAUGAGAUCCCCCCCUCAUCCUUCUGAAUUCCAGUGAGUACAGACCCAGAGCUAUCAAAUGUUCCUCGUAUAAUAACCCUUUCAUUCCUGGAAUCAUCCUUGUGAACCUCCUCUGGACCCUCUCCAAUGCCAGCACAUCUUUACUAAGAUGAGGGGCCCAAACUGCUCACAGUACUCAAGAUGAGGCCUCAUAAAGCCUCAGCAUUACAUCCUUCUUGUAUUCUAGACCUCUUGAAAUAAGUACUAACAUGACAUUUGCCUUCCUCACCACCGACUCAACCUGCAAGCUAAACUUAAGGGUGUUCUGCACAAGGACUCCCAAAUCCCUCUGCAUUAUCAAGGAUGCAUCUCACCCUAACCAUGGACUUUCUACUCUCCUCCCAUCCGGGAGGCACUACAGGAGCCUCUGCUCCCACACCAGCAGGCACAGGAAGAUCUUCUCCCCUGAGGCUGUGACCCUGCUGAACCUCACAUCACAGCGCUAAGCAUAUUGCAUUCAUAUUGCACUGUCUCAGUACUUUUAUAUUUGUGUGCUGCAGCACUUACUUUUUAUUGGCAGUUAUUUUGUAAAUAACACUGUUCUUUGCAUUUCUGGUUAGAUGCUAACUGCAUUUCAUUUGGCUUUGUAUCAGUUCUCGGCACAAUGACAAUAAAGUUUAUCUUAUCUAAUCUAA